AGACUCUGCGCCAUAGACAUUUAGACAGCCUCUUUCUUUUUCUAUCUUUACAGUAUUCAUGUUUCCGGUCUAACAUGGUCUAACUGUGGCAGCUUGACUCAGCAUUUCCCGAGCCCGAGGCAGCCACUCCUGCGGUGUUGAUGUGAUGACCUGCUGGUGAUGUUGCAUGACAUUAGCAGAAAUCCAACUAUCUGAAGCGGAUGGAAAACACAGACAUCUGUCGGCAGAGAAGAGGAGCAGAGCCGCUGUCAAGCUCUCAGCUGUUGCCAUGACAACAGACGAGGCGGAGAGUCACCAGAAGAAGCCGAGGCAGCAGGAGGAAGCCGGCCAGGACGCCAGGCCGCCCUCACCAGAGGAGGAGCAGAUCCGGCCACGCAACCGCAAUUCUGCUGGUCGAGGCCUCUCCCGCCUCUUCUCCUCCUUCCUGAAGAGGCGCUCGCAGUGUGAGAGUGAGGCAGGAGAGAAGGAGGACAAGGAAGACGAAGAAGCUAAAGCCCCCAUAGCUGACCCUGAACCUGAACUCAGGACAGAGGGAGAGGUCGCCCUGGACCAGCACUCAGUGAGCAGUGCUGAGGCUCAGGCUGUCCAGGUAGAGAAGAAAGAAGCUGAGCAGGAGGAGGGUGGAAAGGACAAAGAGAACGACAAGGAGAAAGGAGAGGAAGCUGCCCUGGAGAAGGAGGACAAGGAGAAGGAAAAGGAGGAGGAGAAGGAGAAGGAGUCCAGUCCUGAAGGAGGCAGUAAGGGAGAGAAGGAGGAGAAGUCGGCAGAGGAGGAAGCCAAAGCUCCCAGAGCUCCACGGCGGCCCAAGACCAUGCAGAUCAAAGUCACCCUGCUGGACGACACUCUGUAUGAGUGUGAGCUGGAUAAACAUGCCAAAGGCCAGGAGCUGUUCAUGAAGGUGUGUGACCACCUCAACCUGCUAGAGAAAGACUACUAUGGCCUGACCAUCUGGGAGACGACCACCAUGAAGACUUGGAUGGACCUUUCCAAGGAGAUCCGCAGGCAGGUACAAGGUGUCAACUAUAAUUUCACCUUCAAUGUGAAAUUCUAUCCACCGGACCCAGCCCAGCUGUCUGAAGAUAUAACAAGGUACUACCUGUGUCUCCAGCUGAGGAAGGACAUCCUGCAGGGCCGCCUUCCCUGUUCCUUCGUCACCCUGGCCCUGCUGGGCUCCUAUGCCCUGCAGUCGGAGCUGGGCGAGUACGACCCCGAGGUGCACGGCAACGAAUACGCUAAGGACAUGAAAAUGGCCCAGGGUCAGACAAAGGAGCUGGAGGACAAAAUGAUGGAGCUUCACCAUACAUACAGGUCAAUGAGUCCGGCCCAGGCAGACCUGAUGUUCCUGGAGAAUGCCAAGAAACUCUCCAUGUACGGAGUGGACCUCCACCAGGCCAAGGAUCUGGAUGGUGUUGACAUCAUGCUGGGGGUUUGCUCCAGUGGUCUGAUGGUUUACAAAGACAAACUGAGGAUCAACCGUUUUCCCUGGCCCAAAGUCCUCAAGGUCUCAUACAAACGCAGCAGCUUCUUCAUCAAAAUAAGACCAUCUGAGGUGGAACAGUAUGAGAGUGCAAUUGGCUUCAAACUACCCAAUUACAAGGCAGCCAAGAAGCUGUGGAAAGUGUGUGUUGAACAUCACACCUUCUUCAGGCUGACUUCCACUGAGAUGGCCACCACUCCAAAGAAGUUCCUGGCGUUGGGCUCUAAGUUUCGCUACAGUGGUCGGACUCAGGCUCAGACCAGACAGGCAAGCUCUCUCAUCGACAGACCAGCUCCUCUGUUCCAGCGCUCCUCCAGCAAGAGGAACUCACGCAGCCUGGAUGGAGCCAUGGCGUCCACUCCUGACAAUAAAUCCACUCGUCCGGUCAGCGCCCCUGUUAUGUCACCGGUGUCUCCUGGGGAGGCUACCCCGUCACCACUGCUACCCACCCUCCCUCGCUCUGACCACCAUGACGGCUCCACACCCAAAGGCCACCGCUCUGCAUGCAGGAAGGCAGAGGUAAAGGCGGAGGGUCAGCCAGCUGAGUACACCAAGAGCCACAGCCCCAAACCAGAGUCCACUCCAGAAAUCAAGGCAGUGGCCAGGAGAGAGCGGAGGCACUGCCCCUCUGUAACCACUGCCAAUGGGGAAAGAGAGAAAAAGAGCCAGCACUCUCCUCAGGACAAAACAAAGAUGGAGAUGGUGCGAGUGAGGAAGAAAAGAACUAAGAAACUUGAGGGUGAAACUAUUUAUAUCAGACAUAGCAAUUUAAUGUUGGAGGACAUGGAUAAGACCCAGACUGAGAUCAUGCGUCACCACACUAGCAUCAGUGAGCUGAAGAGGAGUUUCAUGGAGUCGGUACCGGAGCCUCGGCCCAGUGAGUGGGACAAGCGUCUUUCCACCAACUCGCCUUUCCGCACAGCGAGCAUCAAUGGCCAGAUGCAACCAGCGUCUCCUGUGCUAAAGACCCAGACCAUCACCAUCUCAGACAUCACCAACUCCCUGAGAGGAAGUGUGACCUACAAGGACAUCCCCUUAGUUCACACUGAGACCAAGACCAUCACAUAUGAGUCAGCACAGGUGUCUUUCCCACAGCCGGUGGACAGCGUGGGAGAGAGGGACUCAGGAGUGCUGCUGAGUGCCCAGACCAUCACCUCAGAGACCAUCAGCACCACCACCACCACCCAGAUCACCAAGACGGUGAAAGGAGGGAUCUCUGAGACUCGCAUUGAGAAGAAAAUUGUCAUCACUGGAGACACUGAAAUUGAUCACGACAAGGCUUUGGCUCAGGCCAUUAAAGAGGCAAAAGAGCAGCACCCAGAUAUGUCUGUUACCAAAGUGGUUGUGCACCAAGAAACAGAGAUCACCCCAGAGUAAGACGGACUGAUCCUUUGGAAGCUGCACCCUCUCUCCCUCCUUACUUGUGUCUCCAUCACACCAUUUUACCACAGCACCUCAAGCCAUCACACCCAACUGCACUGCCUUUGACAUGAACCACCUGACCACAUCAGAGGGAACAAGCGUCAACGUUGAACUAUGAACUUUAACUUCCAUGAGUGUGGAGUUUUCCCUGAAGGAGACGGAGUCGCCAGAAAAUUCCCAAGAACCCUCCCAGUAUUCCCCACAAUCCCCUCUUGUUCCACUUACUGCCAAAAGAUCAACGGCUGGACUGAUGAAAAAAAUAAUCUUUUUUAAAGAGAAAAAAAGAAAAUAAAGUACAGCAUUUGUGAAUUUAUUCCUCUCCAAUUUGUCUGGAGAUUUUAAGAAAAUUUUCAAGGGCAUUUGGUCUUUUAAUCUUGAGAUUACUGGUACUUUAUUUUUCUACAGCUUUUCAUACCAUCACAAUUGGUUAUCAAUAACUUGGAGGUCGAGUAUUUUUUAACAGUGUGUUCUAAACAGCAUUAACAAAGGGAUUGUGGGUGAUUUUUUUGUGGGAUUGUACACAUCAGGACUCGAGAAUCCCUCUUAAAUUUUAGCGCAAGUUUGGUGUCAUUUCUUGUACAGUAAAUAUUUUAUUUUCCCUCUCAAUAUGAAAAAAGUAUUUUUUCAAUUUAUUAUACAAAAGAUUGAUUUAUCAAACCACGGGGGCAACUACUCCUUUCACCUUAUUUAAAGUUCUGACUUAAUCAUCUUUUGAGUGAUCUUUACAACUUUUGAUUGUUUUAGUUGUUGUUGUUGUAGUGCUUGUGUCACUAGAACAGGGCUUUAUCAGGACCAAGGAGAGAGAAGUGUACUGAAAUGGCCUUUUCUUUAUUUAUUCCCACCACUGUCUUAUUUUUGUGUGUUUUGUGUUUUAGUUCUACUCAGCGCAGUUGUAUGUAACUUCAUGAUUUUGUAUUGAGAGCAUUUCAGUCACCGGAUACAGUUUUAGUCAUUUCUACUGAGCAUGACAUCAGCACCUACAGUGUUUCUGCAUAUGUUUCACAUUUCUACUUUUCUACCAAAUGGGCAGUGUGUACUCAUAAUGAGAAAGGGAAUUCAAAUGACAAUGAACUCAAACAAGACAGAGGUUAAUUAGAGUUAAAGUUAUCAUCUGCUUGAUUGGUAUUGAAUCAGUUGAAAAGUGAAGACAAGCACAGGAUGAUAGUUGUCUCAUUAAACUGCAAACGGUUUGAUUUGUAUUGUCUCUUUACAUUCAUGCUUGUAAUUUGAUUAUAACCUGAUUAAGGCAAUACUCCAAUUAUUGCAACUGUGUCACGUCAACACAUGAACAAGGUUAUCUGGUUAAUGUAGUUAAUUACAGUCAUUAAUUACACCAGUUCCUAACGUACAGCCAGUGAGUGAACUUGAAGUGUCUGCACAAAGCUUAAAGGAUUGUUCCAGUUUAACUUGUGUCAUAUUUUCAUAGUUUUGUCCAUCAUUGUUAAUAUUUUACUCACCAAGUAAUUGAUGAGCUCUGGGAACAUGACAACAUCACUUUAAUGUACUCUGAUGGGCUGAGAAACAUGAGCAGUCAGACAGAUUGUAAAGAAGCCAACAGUUUAUCCAGAGUAUCUACAACAGGGAUUCCAACCUAGGGGACAGGACCACCACAUAUUUAGUUUUAUGAGUAACAAGAAUAAGACGUAAUAUGGAAUAUGGUUGACAUAUCAGACCUGACAAUUGUAUAUUAUAUUUCACAAAAUAACACAAUGUACAUCAAAUGAAAAAAAAUGCAAAAUACCAUUUCACAAAAGGAUCAAAUAACAUAGGUCAGGUGGUAUAAUCAGAUAUUUUCCGCUCACUCUAAACUACAUUACUUUGUGUGCUGAAACAUGCACUUGCCCAUGUAUGUUACCUACAAAGGAUUAUCAGGUCAGCUUAAUAUAUUGUAUAGCCCUUUAAAACAGUUAUAUUUGGUAUAUAAGUUAUGGUCCAACUUUUGAUGCUGCAGUGACUUACUGUUUACAUAGUUGAUUGCUUUUGAUUGGAUGGUACUGAUGUUUCCUAGAAAACAAUUUACAAAUUACAUUAAGUCUUUACCAGCUAAGACAUUCCUGACAUUCUAAUGGUGCAACAUGAUAGUAAGCAGUUAGUAAAUCACUUGAAAUGAUCUAGUAGUUAUACACAAACACCAUGAAAGUAUGACCCAAGCUGUAAUAAACUUGAAUUAUUCUUUCCUGUUCUGAUAAACCAGACCAUUCUCAUUCCCAGGGUGUCAAAUAUUGACAUUUUGUCACGUCCCUUGUCUGUAUUGGACGCUCAGGGCUGCCAGAAAGCCUUUAUGAAAUUAGGUGAUGUAAUGCAAAGAGCGUGAAAUUCCGCUUUAGGAGGAGGAGGUGGGGUGGUUGAAUGGGUCAAUCAAACCCAGGACUUUCACCGAAGAGACUGGGGUUUGUGUCCCGUGUGAAACCAAAAGUUAACGUUGACUUUAAAGUUUCAAGUUUUAAGUUACAUUAAAGUCGCGUGAUUUACUUGUCACAUGACUUUUGUCAUGUGACUUCCUACUGCCAAAGUGUUUUUUCCCCUAAAUCUAACGACACUUUUAAGUAACGUUACAUUGUUUCUGAAGGCAUCUCCUUCUGAAGGCAUCUCCUACUAACGCCAAAGGGUACCUUGUGUAUGUUUAUGAGAUGCCGAGGGGUAUGACGAAACGUGGUUAUUUGACGCCCAGGGAAUGAGAAUGCAUUGGAUAUACACCAUCCAUUAUGGUCUGAGAAGGGUUUUUUGCACCUUUGGCUCUUAAAAUGAUUUAUGGUCAGUUUUGAUCAAAUACUCCCAGGAGCUAAACUCAGGAAUUAGCUCAGAACGAAAUUUUUCACUCACGGACACCUGCUGUCAGUGUGGGUGUCAUUAGUUGAAACUGCUGGCCGCUGUUAAUUUGUUCACUCACUUACAGUGGUAUGAUAGGAAUGAAUGUGAGCCAAAGUAAGUAUAACUCGGGAAUGCACCACAAAGGUCAUACAGUCAUCAUAAUGUAUGCACAAAUAGCAACAUAGCUAGUAAAUAUGGAAAGAAAUAUUUUGGGUGAAAGGGAAAAUAUUUUUAAGGUUACAACUAAUAAAUAAAAAACAGAAACACCUUCCAUUUUGCUUUUCUUAUUUUGUGGUGCCAGUAAGAUUUUUCCUUCAAGCUACCACAUGUCCUUUGGAAAUUAAUCCCAUUAUUACUGCGGUUGCUAAGUUAUUGGGUUUAGUUAGUUAGUUAGUUAACCCUUUAUUUUAUCUACAGAGAGAGAUCAAGGUCUUUUUUUCAAGAGACACAUUGAUAAAGAAAAUCUGUAUAAUGCAUAGAUACAAUUCAAACACAACAUAGGCCUACACAAUAGACAAAUUAGUUCUACAUAAAAAAACUAUUAUAGUAAGUUAAAUAUUUUGUCUUCAAAUGGAAUAAGAUAUUUUAACUUCAACAUAGCAUUUGAAACCAGUUAAGAGAUAAGCGGGUGACAUAUAAGAUGUUAUGAUCUCCAUAAAAAUGUACCUUACAAUGUGGAGUGACAGAGACAACAUUAUUUUUAUAAAUGGUGAAUAGAGGAAGCCCCAGAAUAGACCCUUAUGGGUCACCUAUAUUAACUUUAAGAGCACUUGAUUCAGAAACAUUUGAAAGCUUGAGUUCUUCCUGAGAGGUUGUUAAAAAACUUUUAAUGGACAAUUCAUCUGAACCUAAAAAUUAUGUUUUAUUGCAAAAACUAUAAUUAGUCAGCAGUGUGAAAUGCUUUCAGUAGAUCAAUAACAACUGCAGCCCACUUUUGAUGAUUGUCCAGGGCAUUGACAGUAUAAUUUAUUACAAUGAAUGUAGCUGGUUUACCACAGUAAUCCUCAAACUAUUACCAUAAUCUGGUUAGUUUAUAAAUUGGCAUAUGUGUAUGCAAACACACUGUAACUUUGCAUUGUUAAUAAUAUAACAGUUUAUAAGUGUAGGAGGCCAAAGUUAACCUCCUCCUUAGUACACACUGCCCAUUCAAAUCAGACACGUUUAGUAUGGUAGAUGUAGUUUAUAUUUUGUCGAUUUUCAAGCAUGAUGCUUUUUUAGAACACAAUAUUCUGUACAAUCCUUCCAAUGUUGUAGUUCUUUCACUGUGCUGUUGUCUUCAUCGUGGCACCCCCUUUUCUCAUUGGAAACAAGUAAGCAAACAUUUCUAAGUUCUGUGUUAACCCUCACUUUACCAUCACAGGAAGACAUGUAAUAAAAGAGCACCAUGCAUAGAAUAAACACAAAUGUAGACAUCUUG